AUGCCGUCCACCAUUCACGAAGAAUCCUCGACGUCGCACAACUUAGAAUUACAGACAUUAACGAAUGACGCUGACGGCAUUCAGGAACAACCAAUAUCCAACGACCAAUCAGAAGACGAGGCGAAAAAUAGCACUGCGUCGAAGAAGUCAAAGUUCUCGCAUAAGUUGUCCAAGGUUUGGGAACAAAGCACGAAGUUUGCUAAGUCGCCAAA